AUGGGACACCCAGGCAUGCCCCACUACCCCCCGAUGGGGAUGCACCCCAUGGGGCAGAGACCACCCAACAUGCCCCCAGUUCCCCAUGGCAUGAUGCCCCAGAUGAUGCCCCCCAUGGGAGGACCCCCAAUGGGGCAGAUGCCUGGGAUGAUGCAGUCCGUGAUGCCUGGAAUGAUGAUGUCUCACAUGUCCCAGGCUGCCAUGCAGCCCACAGUCCCUCCAGGAGUGAACAGCAUGGAUGCACAAGUAGGUGUGACACCUCCUGGAACUCAGACGACACACCCCGUGGUCUGUGCAGCCCAGCAAACUGCCACCACCACCAGCUCUGGCACCGAGGAGCACUCCAAGCAGAAAUCCACGUGGACAGAGCACAAAUCCCCUGAUGGGAGAACAUAUUACUACAACACCGAGACGAAACAAUCCACGUGGGAGAAGCCAGAUGACCUCAAAACACCUGCUGAGCAACUGCUGUCCAAGUGUCCCUGGAAAGAGUAUAAAUCAGACUCCGGGAAGCCUUACUAUUACAAUUCCCAAACCAAGGAAUCUCGCUGGGCAAAGCCCAAAGAGCUGGAGGAUCUGGAAGCAAUGAUUAAAGCUGAAGAGAACAGCACAAAGCCUGAAGAUGCAGCUGCAGCCACAUCUGCUCCAGCUGCUGCAGCGGAUGCCACCAGCACCUCCAGCACGGCCACAGCAGCAGAAACCACUGGCACUGCCACAGCUGCUGCUGCAGGAGCAGCUCCCGAGGGGGAAGGUGCCCCAGCUGCUGCUGGGGGGGACACUGAGGGUGCUGCAGCAGCCUCAGCUGAGGAGCAGGGACAGGGCAGCUCUGCCCCUGGGGCCCAGGAGGGCAGUGCCGACACUGCCGGCGCCACCGAGGACUCUGCCAAGCAGGAGGGCUCAGCAGAUGCUGCCUCAAAGAAGGAGGAGGAGGAUGCCCAACCAGUGAAGAAAACCUACACCUGGAACACGAAGGAAGAGGCAAAACAAGCCUUCAAAGAGCUGUUAAAGGAAAAGCGAGUUCCAUCCAAUGCUUCCUGGGAGCAGGCAAUGAAGAUGAUCAUUAACGAUCCCAGAUACAGUGCUUUGGCAAAACUGAGUGAGAAAAAACAAGCCUUCAACGCCUACAAAGUUCAGACAGAGAAGGAAGAGAAGGAAGAGGCAAGAUCCAAGUACAAGGAAGCUAAGGAAUCCUUCCAGCGCUUCCUGGAGAACCAUGAGAAGAUGACAUCCACCACCAGAUACAAGAAAGCUGAACAGAUGUUUGGGGAGAUGGAGGUGUGGAAUGCCAUCUCGGAGCGUGACCGGCUGGAGAUCUAUGAGGAUGUCUUGUUCUUCCUGUCCAAGAAGGAGAAGGAACAAGCCAAGCAGUUAAGGAAGAGGAAUUGGGAAGCUCUGAAGAACAUACUGGAUAACAUGGCCAAUGUCACCUACUGCACCACAUGGUCAGAGGCUCAGCAGUACCUGAUGGACAAUCCAACCUUUGCAGAGGACGAGGAGCUGCAGAACAUGGAUAAGGAGGAUGCACUGAUCUGCUUUGAGGAACACAUCAGGGCCUUGGAGAAGGAGGAAGAGGAAGAAAAGCAGAAGAGUUUGCUGAGGGAGAGGAGGAGACAGCGGAAGAACAGAGAAUCCUUUCAGCUCUUCCUAGAUGAACUGCACGAGCAUGGACAGCUACACUCCAUGUCCUCCUGGAUGGAGCUGUACCCAGCCAUAAGCUCUGACAUCAGGUUCACCAGCAUGCUUGGCCAGCCUGGCUCAACAGCACUCGACCUCUUCAAGUUCUAUGUGGAAGACCUCAAAGCUCGUUACCAUGAUGAGAAGAAGAUCAUCAAAGACAUCUUGAAGGAUAAAGGAUUUGUGGUGGAAGUGAACACUUCCUUUGAAGAUUUUGUCACAGUCAUCAGCUCCACCAAAAGAGCCACAACUUUAGAUGCAGGAAACAUCAAACUGGCCUUCAACAGUCUGCUGGAGAAGGCCGAGGCUCGGGAGAGGGAGAGGGAGAAGGAGGAGGCUCGGAAGAUGAAGAGGAAGGAAUCAGCCUUCAAGAGCAUGUUGAAGCAGGCGACUCCCCCCAUCGAGCUGGACGCGGUCUGGGAGGAUAUCAGGGACAGGUUUGUGAAGGAAGCAGCGUUUGAGGACAUCACUCUGGAGUCCGAGAGGAAAAGGAUAUUUAAAGACUUCUUACAUGUCCUAGAGCACGAGUGUCAACAUCACCACUCGAAGACCAAGAAGCACUCGAAGAAGUCCAAGAAGCACCACCGGAAGCGCUCGCGGUCGCGCUCGGGCUCUGAGUCUGAGGAUGACGACAGCCACUCGAAGAAGAAGCGUCAACGCUCCGAGUCCAGAUCGGUGUCUGAACGUUCCUCCAGCGCAGAGUCUGAGAGGAGUUACAAGAAGUCAAAAAAACACAAGAAGAAGAGCAAGAAGAGAAGACACAAGUCUGAUUCACCGGAAUCAGAUCUGGAACGAGACAAAGACAAGAAAGACAGAGAGAGAGACAGUGAGAAGGACAGAGCCAGACAGAGAUCCGAGUCCAAGCAUAAAUCUCCGACUAAGAAACGGCCUGGAAAGGAUUCUGGCAACUGGGACACCUCUGGCAGUGAGCUGAGCGAGGGAGAGCUGGAAAAGCAGAGGAGGACUCUGUUGGAACAACUGGAUGAAGAUCAAUGA